GGAGUAGUUGGUGCCAGUGAAGUGCGGGCGGCGAUGCGAGCGAAAGUUGCGCUCGGCACGGCGCUGGGGGCCUGAAGCGGCUCCGCGCUCCGCCCGCCAGGCCGCCCCCAGCCCCAGCUCGCGCCGCAGGCUCCGCCGCGCCCGCCGCACUCCCCCCUGGCCCGGCGCCCCCUCCUCCGGAGCCGCGGGUCCCCGCCACUUUGGCGCGGCUCCGGCCCCCCGCCGAUGCCGGCCAUGGUGGAGAAGGGCCCCGAGGUCUCAGGGAAGCGCAGGGGGAGGAACAACGCGGCCAGCGCCGCCGCCUCAGCCACCGCCGCUUCUGCCGCCUCCGCCUCGGCCGCCUCGGCCGCCGCCGCCGCCUCGGCCGCCGCCGCCUCGGCCGCCGCCCCCAGUAAUGGGCAGAAUAAAAGUUUGGCGGCGGCCAACGGCGGCAGCACCUCCUGGGAGGAAGGCAGCUCGGGCGCGUCCAGCGACGAGGAGCACGGUGGCGGCGGCAUGCGGGUCGGACCCCAGUACCAGGCGGUGGUGCCCGACUUCGACCCCGCCAAACUAGCAAGACGCAGUCAAGAGCGGGACAGUCUUGGCAUGCUGGUCUGGUCACCUAGUCAGACUCUUUCAGAAGCAAAACUGGAUGAGUACAUUGCCAUCGCUAAGGAGAAGCAUGGUUACAACAUGGAACAGGCUCUCGGGAUGCUUUUUUGGCACAAGCACAACAUCGAAAAAUCACUGGCUGAUUUGCCCAACUUUACCCCCUUCCCAGAUGAGUGGACUGUGGAAGAUAAGGUUUUAUUUGAACAAGCUUUUAGUUUUCACGGGAAGACUUUUCAUAGAAUCCAACAAAUGCUUCCUGAUAAAUCUAUAGCAAGUCUGGUGAAAUUUUACUACUCUUGGAAGAAGACGAGGACCAAGACCAGUGUGAUGGAUCGCCAUGCUCGGAAGCAGAAGCGGGAGCGGGAGGAAAGUGAGGAUGAACUGGAAGAAACAAAUGGAAAUAACCCCAUUGACAUUGAGAUUGAUCAAAACAAGGAAAGCAAGAAGGAGGUGCCCCCUACCGAGACAGUUCCUCAGAUCAAAAAAGAGAAACAUAGUGCACAAGCUAAGAAUAGAGCCAAAAGGAAACCCCCAAAAGGAAUGUUUCUUUCUCAAGAAGAUGUGGAGGCUGUUUCUGCCAAUGCCACUGCUGCCACCACGGUGCUGAGACAACUAGACAUGGAGCUGGUCUCGAUCAAACGACAGAUCCAGAAUAUUAAACAGACGAACAGUGCUCUCAAAGAAAAGCUUGAUGGUGGAAUAGAGCCGUACCGACUUCCAGAGGUCAUUCAGAAAUGUAACGCACGCUGGACCACAGAAGAGCAGCUUCUCGCCGUACAAGCCAUCAGAAAAUAUGGCCGAGAUUUUCAGGCAAUCUCAGAUGUGAUUGGGAACAAGUCAGUGGUACAAGUGAAAAACUUUUUUGUAAAUUAUCGACGCCGCUUCAACAUAGAUGAAGUUUUACAAGAAUGGGAGGCAGAACAUGGGAAAGAAGAGACCAAUGGACCCAGUAACCAGAAACCUGUAAAGUCCCCAGAUAAUUCAAUCAAGAUGCCUGAAGAGGAAGACGAGGCUGCUUCUGUUCUCGAUGUCAGAUACGCAUCUGCGUCAUGAGAGACCCUGGCAGCUCUGAGCACUCGGUGUGGGCGACCGUGUCACCCGGGAUAUCAGGUAUCACAAGGCCUCCCCUAGCCAUCUGCAUCCCGUCUCUGUGGACAAGCAGCUGCUACCAAAAAAGGCAUAUACACUGCAGUCCUGUGCUCCAUCUGCCUUAAGUCUCCGCUCAUUCUCCACGUUGGCGCCGCCUCCCAGAGAGUCUGGCGCAGCGCUCACCCUGCCUAGUGCUGGGGGCUCUCGUGGCCUGCUCGCCCCCCUGACUCCGGGGCCCACCUCCCAGUUGGAGUUCCUGAGCCCCACCGAUGGCAGCUCUCCACGUCAGCAGCUUCAGAACAGGUAGCCGACUCAGAGGGCACGACUCUGUUCCUGCAUGGCCUGCCGUUUCUACUUUGUGCAUAAUGUAAUUUUCAGAGUGACUGUGACCCUGUUGGCCUUCUAGGAAGUUUCUCUUGUUCUUUUCUGAGGCACCCACCUAAGUGAUAUCAUGCUCCUUUGGAAAUCACGAUAUAUUGGCAGACUGCAUUAUAACCUUUAUCGUGCCAAACAUCCUGAUACAACUCACAUUUCCCUAAACAUAGGGCAUAAUUAUGGUUUAUAAAGUCACUUGGCUUAAACCUCCCUCCUCCUCUUCCAAGUGGUAGGAAGUUCAGACACAGCAGCUAUCCUGAGACACUGUAGCUUAAUGGGAACGUGGCCCUCAACACUUGCCUUCAGCUUUCGGUGUUGUGGCCCCAGGAUGGGUGCCACCUUAGCUUUUCCUGGCGGCCCGCAGCCCCCACUCCGGCCAUCACCAACCAACUCCAAGAGGUCUGGUCUGUGCCACUGUACUGGUGCUUGUACAUUUGGAAUUGGUGCCUUCUCCUUUUGGCAACCAUGUUAUCAAUCCUCUUUCUGUUCUAGUGUCUUAUUUCUUCUGCAAAGUUUAUUGCUUGCCAAAGAUGACAUCGCUCAGAUGAGGAGCUGGGAGAACUGGCUGCGGGUUUUGACAGGGCAGGUUCUGACUGUCGGGUCAGCUGAUGAAUGGUGUUAGGACAGCCGGCGAUGGUUCUGUAAGAGCUUCAUGUGGCCAGUUCCCGCCCUGUUGCUGUGUGGCCUUUUACAUGUCCUUCCACUCAUCCUGUGUGUCCCAUGUGUGCUGAGGCGAUCACACCGCACCCCCUCCCCCCAGUGCUACAGGGCUGGAUGGGGGUCGGUGCUGGUUCUGUGAGACCAGGCUGAAAGGGAACAGUCUGCAGGGCAUUAGGGGAAGCCGUGGUUGGACUGCAAACAAGUUAACGUUUCGAAUAAAUGUCCUGAGACUUCCAGAAUCGCUUUUAUUCACUUGCCCGACCACGGACCUGCUGAGGAGCUGAGGGCAGAUGGACUGUCAGACUGCACUCUGAUGGAACCUGUUCGCUGUGCCAUGGUCAGUCCAGCCUACACUAGACAUGUGGAGGGAGCUUUGGGGUUGUUUUUUGCAUCAUUUAAAUAUUUUUCCUGCUUUCGAUACCAAAAAGAAAAAAAUACCCAUGCUUUAAGGCAAAACAGAAUUCGUGAGAAUUUAAAAUAUGCAAUUAGAAUUUAAUGUGUUUGGCUCCCCGGGACCUUGCUUUUUUUUUUUUUUCUUUUUAAGUCAGCUCAUUUUCUCUUUAGGAAGAGGUUCAGCUAGAAACCUAGAUUCUUUGGAAUUGUGCUGCUUUUUUUAGUAUCUGGAGAAAGGACCUUCAAAUGGGGAGUGAACAGGGACUUCCCUGACUUUCACCGUUCCGUCCCCACCCUAGGUGUGUGUGGGUCAAGUAAGAGCAUGUGAAGAGCAUCAGAGGGUCAGAGGUCACAGCUCACUGUUCCUGCCUGGACAGGGAUAACAAAAUAACACUAGUAACCAUGUAGGGUUUGUUUUUGUUUUAAUCAUAAGCCUGCCAUGCGAAAAUGGCAGGAAAAACAUGAGGAGGAGGUGGCAUGAGUUUUGCACAUCACUUAAAGGGGACGCUAGACAGAAACUGAAGCUUUAGGGUCUCCUUGCUCUUUCUCAAGACCACCUUCCUCUUCACAGAGGCAGUAGGCAGUUUGCAGCAGGAGGUUCUCGCUGUGUCUGUCUGCAGGUCUGCCCCUCUCUUUGCGCCCAGGCUGGUUCCUCAAGAAGGGAUCCCUUCUGGCCGCUGGGAAGCGUGCUGCUCUUUGUGCAAAGCAUGGCAGGCACCUGGCAGCACCAGGCCUGUGAGUGCUGUGCUGUCCCCUCACUCAGCCAGUCCUGGAGAAGCGCCUUGCUGGCACACUUGGAUUCGGCUUUCUCUGCAGGCGAAGGGGUGCGUGGUUGUCAUUUCCCAGAAGGAAAGGAUAGGUGUCUGCCUGCAGGCCUUUGCUGUGGUUCCAUGUGUAAGAUAGCACUGUUUUAAACUGCUUCAUUACACUGUCUUUUCGAUGAUGUUGUAAAUGCAAGAAAUCAUGGAGCUUUAAAAGCUGAGUGGUUUGGUCUUAUUUAUGUGAAGACCCUUUUUAACAUAUCAAGACUGUGGUGUAUCAGCAGGUCUGCUUGGAUGUGAGGGUCCACAGUGACAACCGCUUCGGAUGCAAUGUUCACGUAAGCUUUGUCUUCUUAAAAAUUAUCAAUGUGAAUGUUAUGAUUAUAUAUAUAUUUUUUGGAAAAUUUCACCUGAGAUAAGUUAUUGUGCAAAAUAUAGUACCAUUGAAGCAAAUGAUAGUUUAACUUUUAGUUUAGAAAUCCUAAAAGAUAUAAAUUGUACUGCAGAUGCAUUAAAAGUCUCUUCUAUUUAAUUUUAUGUAGGUGUGUAAAGUGUUAGGUAAAAUUUUUGUCACUUAUCCAUUUAAACACCUUGUUACUUGAAUAUUGUGUUGACUGGUCUGAAACAGUGAUCGAUUCUGUAAUAUAGCUCUUCUAUCCAGGAAGUAACGUGCCUGAGUUGUGCCGAUUCGGUUCAUACUGGUACACAAUCAGGUGCUGGUGUCAGGAGCCAGAGAUUAGUGUAACACACCCACUGCAUUGGCUCGGUAUAUCUGUGCCACCAAGACACCACUUCCUCAAAAUGGUUUUUGAUAGUUUUUAACCUAUAAGACACUUUGAUAGCAUAGACCUCUAAUCAAAAAAUGAAGAUGAAAAAGUGGUUGACUUGUAAAAGCUUACUGUGGUGGACUAAUUAAGCAGUUGUUUUCUGUGUAUAUGAAGUUUCCUCAAAUACCACACACCACUAUUUAAGUGUGCUCAUUGUCACUUUAAAUUUCAGCUCUGCCCUAUUUUUGUCUUUCUAAAUAUCAGAUGUACUAUUGGUAUAAUCGCAUACCAAAAAUAAGCCGAACAGUGCAUUACACUAACUGGACCCCUGCUUGUGUGAGCAAAGGAGAGCCUCAUUUCUCUCGUCUGGCCUGUUUCUGAAUCUAGUGACCCAGAUUGAAGCUUUUACUAGCAAGUGAAACUUCGCCUCAAGUUGACUCGAGGUAUUUAGCUCAUCUGCAUCCUGGUGAUCUUGUGCAAUGCUCAGACACAGAUCCUCUUUUGGCCACUCCCCCGAUCGCUGCAGCUCUUCUUAAUUAGAGUGAAGCACAAUUGCAGCAGCGUUAUGUAUAGGCUAUGCAUGCUGUGUGAGACGGGUGUUUACAGCCACCUUCUCCCGAAACGGCUUCAUACGGAGCAGAUCGUAUCCCAUCAGGUAGACCCAUCCACUUUGCUAAGUGCUUUUUAGAUUGCUUCAAGUUUUUCAAGAUUUUAAAAGAUGUAUAAGGUUAAGUUUGCAAAUAUAAUGGAAAUGCUGUAUAUCUUUUGAAGUGAUAAAAUCCAUGUUGAAAUUUUAAAGAAAAUAAUGUUGUAAUAAUGCUGUUGUAAGUAAUAUUUUAAUGUCUCUUCUGCCUGUUUUCUACUUCAGCACAUUCAUUUGGUGAAUGUUCAUAGCAUUAUAAUUGCUCAGCCACUGACUGAGAACAUUUGUUAGCGGACAUUGGAAAUUUUAUUUGUGAAAUUCUGCAGAAUUCAUUUUUCUAUUUCCAAUAUUUGCUCAAGUUAAAUAAAAAUUGUCAAGCCAUUGAUGUAAUAAAA